AUGGAAACUCACUAGAACGGAUGAUUUGACCAACGACUCGUAAAAGUUACUUUGGCUGCUAGAUGACUUUUCCCUUGACAGUAGUCUAAUUAAUGACUACGAGACGAAUUACCUAGCACAAGGGAGUAGGGAAUUUCUGCAGUCAACUUUACCACGAGGCAGGCUCAAGGACGAGAGGGGCGAUUUCAAAUUGCUUGACAUCAAUAUGUCCACAACGUUCACGCUUCACAUUCCAGUUGACAUUUACUCUCGAAUUCGCCCUCCCAAUAUUGUCUACAACUUGGAUUGCCAGGCGACAGAAAAUUUUGUUUUCAAACGCGUACCAGAGUUGUCAGGAUCCGCAAAAUCCGGGCUAACUCAGCAACUGACGGUCACCAGUAUCAUACGCGUCAACGAGCAUGCCACCAUUUACCGUGCAGUGUCUGAAGACCAAGGAAGCUUUGUUCUGAAAUUCACGUUCCGGAAAGGCGAGGCAUUGAAUGACUUGGAGAACGAGGCACGAAACUACAACACCCUUUCCGUACUGCAGGGCGUCGUUAUUCCCAAGUUCUAUGGGUGCUUUAGGACGGAAACAGAAACCAGGUAUAUACGGAAUAAGAGAAGAUCUGUGACAUGCAUUGUACUGGAGGAUUGCGGCGAACACCUCAAGGUUGACCAUCUCAUGAACCUUGACGAUGAUUUAAUUUUCUACUUAUUCGAGCAACUUGGUAAAAUGCACAUGGAGUGUCACGCCCAUCCCAGCAAGAUCUCUCCUUAUAAAAUUGCCGAACGCAAAGUCGACGGCAGGAUUGAAUACCGUUUUAUGGACUUGCACAACGUCAAAUAUCAUGAAUGUCAUGCCAACGGGCAAUGGUAUGGCGAGGAUGGCAGAGAGCCCGAAGGCGGCAUUGGUUGCGCUCUUCUUACCGCUGCUGCUGAUGAUGCGUUUUUCUGGGUCAAGAUCGUCACAAUUCCAUCCACGUAUAUCGGUGCCCUUGCUUAUGAUCCCGAACGCCUGCCACCGCAAUUUUUCAUCGACAAGGUGAUACCACCCAACGCCCCGUGCGCGGUCGGACAUAGCAUGCUGUCUCACGUUUUCGCAAAGUUCUUUAGCGACGUAUAUAAGGAUCAUCAGCAACAAAUUGAGCCAAAGAGAAAGUCUAUGUCAAACGAGGCUGUGGAUAAAUAUCGGCAGCUAUGGCUGGAAAAGGGUCUACCCACAACGGCAACAGAAGCGGUCAAGAUGUUACCUGACGAUGUCCAGAAGCGUAUUCACUGCCUAGAUUGACAUGAUCACCCCUUGCUUUCACCUUUGCUUUCUCUCCUUUACCAAUUUAAAGCAGUGAUUUUCUGCGCCCGUUCGCUCUUGUAGCCUGUCGAUCAUACCCAAGCUUCACC